AUGGACGAACAGGAUUCUGGGCUUCUGCCUCGAAGUAUUUCACCUUCUCCUCCAAAUUCGAGGCAAAGGUCUUCAAUCCUUCCUGACUUAAAUUUGCAGCAGCCAAUGAGGAAAACAUUUUCAACCAGAUUCUCAAUUAAAGUCCGUAGAAAUAAAACCAAGCAGCCUAGACCAUCUAAAAAUUUAUCAAUGAUCGCAGAAAGCCACCAAACGCAAGAUGAUAUACGCACUGAGCGCAUUCAGCAUCGACCCCGCAUAACUGCUCAGUCAUGGGUAGUAAUGGGCGGAAAAAAGGGCAAAAUUUUAGACGGCAAAGAUGUAGAUAACCCGAGAGAAAUUGCAAGUCUCACGAAAAUCAUGACUUGCUUUGUAGUAUUAAAUGAACUAAAUAGCCAUAAAAAAGACCUAGAUGAAAAAAUUAUAGUGUCGAAAAAUGCUGCCAGUAUGCAAGGAACCUCAGCUUUGCUUGCAGCUGGAGACGAAGCAACUAUUCGCGAUCUUCUCCACGGUCUAAUGCUGCCUUCCGGUAACGACGCUGCUGUCGCUCUUGCCGAAUUCGUUGGAAAUCUUCUCAGCCCCAGCUCUUUAGACCCAGUCGGGGCUUUUGUCACCAAAAUGAAUGAGACCUGCAAGCUCUACAAGCUUACAUCAACCUGCUUCUCAAACCCUCAUGGCAUGUCUACCUCAAUAAACCUUUCUACAGCAAAAAACAUUUCGACACUUGCCUCAAUCGUAAGGAUCUCCUCAUUUGUCGAAUUUUCUAGUCAAAAUUUUCAUAGAAAAAAAAUUUUCAGGACCUCAUUUGUCCUAAAAUCUAGUCAAAAAUGAUUUGUCCCAUUUUCUAGUCUUUUUUGGAUUAUUUCGAAUGUCCUAAAUUUCAGUUUUUUACCUUAAAAAAGCUAGAAAAUGAUACAAUUGAGGUCCUGAAAAUUAUUUUUUAUGAAAAUUUUGACUAGAAAAUUGGACUAAAAACAUUUUUUUUUCCUAUAAAAAAAACUAGAAAAAUGGACAAAUGAUAAAAGACUAGAAAAUUGGACAAAUGAGGGGGGGAUCCUUAUGUACAAACGAGCAAUUCAUGCGCAUUGUGAACACACAAAGCUACAGAUGUGUCCUUAGAAACACAAAAGGAAAUAGGGAAAUAGAAUGGAACAACACAAACAAACUGUUGAAACUAGGAUUUUCAGGAGUAAAAACAGGAUUCACCCCGAACGCGGGACCCUGCUUGUGUAGCAUUGCUGAAAAAAGGAAAAGAAAAAUCAUCAUCGUGCUUCUUAAUUCAGCAACACCCGGGAGUAGAUGGAGUGAGAGCACAAAUCUGCUCAAAUGGGCUAGUAAAUAUUUUUAA